AAUUUGUAACAAAUGACACUUAAUGUCUAUUUGCAUAAUUAUUUUAGAGAGGGCGCUCGAAAUGACAUUUGCAUCUUGAAGAGGCAUUGGCCAGAGGCAACGAAAUCGCUUUCUCUUUAAUCUGAGAAAAAUCAAAAGGGUUUUGCCAUGGAAUCUGACGAUAGCAGUGAAGCGGGUAAAGCGGCUAAGAAUGAAGAACCUGCUGAAAAUGGCAGUGAACGGCUUAUCACAAUCGCGGCGUUUUUCGCAUUUGGUUUUAUCUUGUACUCCGUCUAUUCUUUGCUGAUUGCCGCUGCUGAAGACAUUCUACGCGGCAGUGACAUUCCAACUUCAGCCGUGAUAUCAUGUAUUGUCGGACCGUACGUGUUUAUAACUCUCAUAUCUCCGUAUUUUGCUCAGAACGUUCCGUACCUGCCUCGUGUUAUAGUGGUGUUUAUACUGUACGAAGCAGGAUUGUUUAGUUUGGUUUACGUAACAGACGUUCGAGCGAAGUUACUCUCUGUUUGCUUGGUAUCGUUUGCCUUCGGCGUGGGUGAAAUGUCGAGUAUAGCCAUGACAUCGUUUUAUAAUCCUGUGGUUGUUGGAGUAUUUUCGGCGGGUACUGGUGUUGGAUUCAUAACAGCUCCCCUAUAUUACACAGCAAUGACCACAUGGUUUUGUGUAUCCUCCGAGAAAACGACUGUUACAGUAGCAUUCCUUGUCGUGCUUAAUUUGGUGUUUUACGCGCUGAUGGAACGAAAACACAACCGGUCGACGUCAAGAACAUCACGAUGUAACUGCUUUAGUGGUGCACAGUAUGAGAAAGUCGAGGAAAACAAAGAUGAAGACAAAGAACAGACUGGUCCCUCCCCUCCCCUGUUGACGACAGCGGAGAAACUUCGAGCCAUCAAGCAGAUCUGUCCAACAGUACUUUGCGUAGUGAUUUCGUGGAUGUCCGAGUUCUUGGUGACACAAGGUGUCAUCACGACCUACGCAUUUCCUAACUCACCCUUCCCCCCAAGGGAUCAUUACCAAUAUUACAUCACCUUGUUCCUGUUAGGCGAAUUCAUCGGUCGAUCAUACCUGGCUCUUAUCUCACUGAUCAAUCAAGACCUCAUUCCCAAAGUAACAGUUCACAAGUUGUGGCUACUGACCAUCAUAGAGGUCAGCAUUCUGGUGUUUUGCCUUUUCGCUGCCUGGUAUCGUUUCCUUCCGGACAUAACAUAUUUAUUGAUUAUCUCCUUCCUCGCUGGGCUAAUAAUUGGAAUUAUGUACGCAAACGUACUCCAAGUGUUCACUGAUUCGUACGAGGUUCCCUUGCGCGAAUUUGUUUUAGGGUUUGUCGCUGUGGCCACGGGUAUGGGAAUAUUAAUCGCUGGUUUACUUGGACUUGUGGUGGAACCAUCUUUUAGAAAACAUUGCAUGACGAUAACAGAUUUAUCAGAAUAUUGUUUCACAAGAACAGAUCCGAAUGCAAUUUCUAACAUCACUGCUUCGUGUCAUAAUUAAAAUUCAAUGAUAAAGAGCUUAGAAGACCAUGUGAGUCGCAGAAAACGAUAGGAAAACAAAACAAAGCACUUGACAGAGGCUAAAUCGUUGAGUGUUCAUUUUCCUUUACCUUAUUGUUUCUUCAAGAAGGCAAUGUCCUCUUUAAAGCCUAUUUGAUUUUGAUAUUUAGGUAGAAAGACUUGGGAAGGUCUUACUGCUGUAAGAGCGAGGGAAUGAAUAAACAAAUAAAAUAGCGAAAG